UGAAUGUGUCAUGAUCCAUUUUACUUGCAACCAGAAACCGUGUGUUACUCUGCCAAGCUUUAUAAAGUGACUUUAAGUUGAGUGGAUUCUCCAACGGGGACAAGAUGACAUUACAAUUUAAAGAUGCCUUUUGGGGAGAUGACUUCAUCAGUAAUAUUGGGUACGAGAAUAUCAGUCAGAGACUUAAUGAUGGUCGACGGACGUGCAAAGAGAUGGAGGAGCUCUUGAAAAUGAGGGCAUCAGCAGAGGAGAAAUAUGGCAAGGAACUGGUCACAAUCGCCCGCAAGGCUGGUGGUUUAUAUGAGAUCUGCACUUUGAGAACAUCUUUUGAUGAAAUGAAAACACAAAUCGAAAAUGUAGGAAACAUGCACAUUCAGCUUGCUGGUUUCCUAAAGGAGGAGGUGAAGAGAAUGGAGCAGUUCAGAGAGCGACAGAAAGAACAGCGGAAAAAGUUUGACGUCAUCAUGGAUAAGGUCCACAAGACAAAAGUCUCCCUCUACAAGAAAACAAUAGACUCUAAAAGAUCCUAUGAGCAGCGCUGCAGGGAGGCGGAUGAGGCAGAACAAAGCGCAGAGAAGAUGGCUAACACACCCACAGCUACUCCCAAACAGAUCGAGAAGAUGAACAACAAAUCUAAACAGUGCAGAGAAGCUGCAGAAGAGGCUGAGAAGCAGUACAUGUCAAACACUGAACAGCUUGACAAGACUCGCCAGGAAUGGGAAUCAACACACGUCACCACAUGUGAGAUGUUUCAGCAACAGGAAGAAGACCGCAUCAGCGUACUAAGGAAUGCUUUGUGGGUCCACUGUAACCAUUUAUCAAUGCAGAGUGUGAAAGACGACGAGUGUUACGAGGAUGUGAGGAAAACACUGGAAAAUUGUGACAUCAUCGCAGACAACAACUGCUUUGUGCAGAUGAAAAGAACUGGCUCUACCCCCCCAGCUCCAAUUGAAUACCAAAAUUACUAUGAGAGGGAUACUACCGCUGAGAGUAACGGCAGUGCUGGAUUUGUAGGAGGAGUCAUGAAAAGGUUUUCAAAUCUUCUGCAGGUGAACUGUUCCAGUGGCUCCAAACUCAGCAUCAAUGAACCAGUUGCACAACCUCCUGCACAAACAUCAGACGGAGUAUAUGCUUCCAUUCCUGGAUUUCAGGGGUCCCAGCUGAGUACUGACCAGUAUAAGGCUGUGUAUGACUAUGAGGCACAGGGAGAGGAUGAGCUCUCUGUAUGUUUUGGGGAUGUCGUAGUUGUCAUCGAUCAAGGUGAGGAUGGCUGGUGGACGGUGCAAAGAAAUGGCCUCACUGGGCUGGUUCCAGGAACUUACCUUGCCAAAGAAUGAGUUCACCAGACUGCCGAAUGUAAGACUGUAUGACUACUACAUUUGCUCAUUUAACAUUUUGUAAAGGCCUUGUCAUUUAAAUUUACCUAACAGUUUGAAUCCUGUUGUUCAUGUUACAUGUAUCAUUAAAACCCGUACGAGUAGGAUUUGAAUAUAUGUACAACUUUGGCCCCCCCUUUGGUAGAAUCAUAAAAGACACUGACAGAGAAGUCACCCCAUAUGUAACCCUAAAUGAGUUAAGGGCUUUUCACAUGGAUUUCUAUAAAAACUGAUGCCAUUAUAAUUAGAAUAUCACAUAAUAAUCCCACAGAUAUGGGCUUCCACACGCAGUAGCAUGAGACAGUGUUUAAUGGUGAAUGUUGUACUGCUAUGGCAGAUAUUCUUUGCCCUUACAGCUGGUGUGUUGAGUCUUCCUCAUACCAAUGACAGCAGGGAGAAUUAGUGAUCUGUUGCACAAGGUCACUGCUGCACUAACCUUUUUCAUAUGCUGUGUUAUUCUUGUAUAGCCCUAAAUGUUGGCCAGAAUGUGUUUCUGUUGUAGGCGUGUAUAUAAUUUCUAUGUGUAGUUAUUGUUUUGUGCUAAGAAUAAUUAUUUAUCAAAAAUAAAUGCUCAGUUUGUUUUCUUUACAUAUGCUUUUACAAACUAUUUAGGAUGUGACAAAACCACAUUGCUCUAUUUUUUCCUGUUUUGAUCUAUUAAUUGUUGUGAAGGCUAUUCUUAUUAAUGUAGAUUACAAGAAGACCAGAACAAACAAAGUAGCUGAAAUGCAACCGAGCGCUACACUUGGGUCACGUGUCUGAGCGGUUGGCAACAGGUGAUGCAAUGCUAAUUCACUGUCUAUCAAGUAACCAAAGUUGAGUCAUUGUGCCACCAUUUUUAGUGUGUGAGAAAGGCCAAAAUACUUGUUUCGUGGUCAUAAGAUGUUCCAGAAGCGGGCACAACUAGGUGCAGCAAUUUCAUCUCUUUGUAAACAUAUGAGAGAAAUUAAAACAAUAAAAUCAGAAUACGCACUCAUUUAAUUUCAAACUUUUCCCACAUUUAAUUUACAAUCUUGAUUCUCGCCAUUGCUACAUAUCAGCAAAUAAAAUUCUAAAACUACCACCAGUAGACUGUUGACACACAAACAAACCAAACAGCUAUAGGACAAAUCUAUCUAGAGUUAAGAAUGCAUUACUACGUGAAAAAAAAAUCCCACAUACCGGAGGGGAUCACAAGGUUUCAUUCUUAAAGGAAAGAUCAGACAAGCAAAAGCCAGUUAACUUACAUAGUUAGGGCUGUGGUGUCCUCUAUUUCUUGACAGAAUACUGCUGGUGAAAAGUGAGGUUUUAACCAAAAUUAAGCUGGAAUAGUAGUAGUACAAGUAGAAUAGUAGUAGCGGUAGUAAUAGUAGUAGUAGUACUGGAGGUACAGGGUAAUAUUAUACAGUCUUUCAUUCAAGUACAAGACAGAUUUAAAUAUAAAAUAUCGAAAGCAAUACACAUAGUGCAAACUAACAUGAGGAGAUGACCCUGUCCACGUUUUAUUCCAUACAUGACUAACAACGUUUGAGUUUGGUUACCCUUAACCUCACAGCAACAGAAUACUUUCUACAUCUCAUUUACAAUGACCAUUACAGAAUUUGGUCAAUAGCUUUUUUGGGGGG